AUGGGUGGGACCUUUGACAGGGAUGAUUAUGAAGCUGAUGUUCCUCUGGGACACAUUUCCCGAUACCUGGAUGUAGUUUACGACGAAACUCCAACAUCAUAUGAUUUAAAGGCGUCAUUUUUCCAGGCAGCUCUGCCAGAGAACAUACGCGCAAGUUCCCGUUGCCGAACGGAAUCAGGGGAACUCGUUGAGUUCACUCGCCUUCCCAUGGGCUUUAAAUGUAGCCCCAAGAUUUUAAAUACCAUUACAAGAGUUCUUGCUGGUGAUCCGGAACUGGUAAUGCCACAGUAUGCGGCACCACAAGAUUUACACAUACAUCCACGUAUGGAUUGA